CUGCCAGAUCGCUCUGAGGUUUCAUCGUUUGAUCAUUCCAAACUGAAACAUGUUGAAACUCAAGAAAAGGAAGUCUUACCAACCAAAUCAGGUUAGUGGUAAACAGAUAUUCAGGUAAACGUUCCUCUGCUGACAGUUGGCCAACAUACGAUGACUAACAGUCAAUAACAAAAUAUGACAAUCUAUAACCCUUUAUAUGAACCAAUAGAAAGAUACCUGGAGGAGAUGAGAAUGAAGUGACAUAAAACACUGUAUUCUGGCAACAUCCUUCGAGCAACAAACUAACAGAUUGCUGACAGUAAACACUUCUUUCUUAGACAGACAUACAGACAGCCAAAAGUGGUUAUCUUGAAGUGUUGGUUGUUUGUUUGCAGAUGUGCAGUGGGAGUUUUCCUUCACUUCUGCCGACUAUUAAUAUUUUGUGUACGUUUUUUAUCAGUCAUCGACGAGGAAAAAGCCGACUCCCGAGCAGAAGUAAAAUCAUUUGACAAAUCACAAUUAAAGCAUGUUGAAACAGAAGAGAAAAACCCAACCCCCACAGCACAAACACUGAGAGAGGAACUGGUGCCAGAUGAACUACCAGACAGAUCAGCAGAAUUAAAGGAGAUUCAAGGAUUUGACCCUGCUAAAAAACUUAAACAUGUAGAAACUGCUGACAAAACACAUCUUCCCACUAAAGAAGGUAUGAUUGGAUGCUCUACAAGAUCUGAGUAAAAGAGUGAUUCUUUUUAAAUUGAAUUAAUCCUUAUUAAUCCUUUAUGCCCCGAUGUCUACUUGCAAAUUCUCCAGUCUGAUAUGAUCUCCAUACAUUUUUUUGAAGAAUUAGCUGAGAGAAUUUGAUAAGAAAUUAAAUUUAGAUUAGAUUCAAAUAAAGGGAGUAAAGAAAGACAGGGACCAACUGUUGGUGUUCAUUUUACCGAGGUGUCCGUCUUAUAGAGAGUCAAACAUAGGGAGUAAAGAAAGGCAGUAACCAACUCUAGGUGUCCAUGUUACAGUGGUGUCCAUGUUAUAGAGAUUUAAAUAAAGGGAGUAAAGAAAGGCAGGGACUAACUGUAGGUGUCCAUUUUACUGAGGUGUCCAUCUUACAGAGAUUCAAAUAAUGGGAGAAAAGAAAGGCAGGGACUAACUGUAGGUGUCCAUCUUAUAGAGGUGUCCAUUACAAGAGAGUUAACUGUAUUUUUAAAAAAUUCUUUUAGAAAUCAAGGAGGAGGCUAAAGAGACAAGGGCAGAAGUAAAGAGUUUUGAUCACUCAAAGCUGAAACACGUUGAGACAGAGGAGAAAAAUCCACUUCCUAAACAAUCAGGCAAGUGUGCUUUGUUCUGA